UUUUAUUAAAAACAAUGGUAACAAUGAUAGUAAUGACAGUUGUAGUUUUUCAAAUAAUGGCAAUAAUAAUGAUAAUAGGUGUAUUGUCAAAGUCAUAGUAGUGCGGUAGCGUCCAGACGAGACAUCUCACUGUCUGCUUUAUUUGCAUACUAUGUUUUUUUAUAUACACACAUGGCAUGCUUGUUACUUCCGUUUGUCUAUAGGUAUCCUGCUUCGCAACGUCGACUACUCUCCUAAGAUUACCUCUACAGUCUUAGAUCUAUGCGACACGGCGUGUCUCUAUUCCAUCCGACUUGAACGUUUUUCUCUGUGUCCGCAUUUGUUACUCUUAUUGUUAACUAUAAUAAUGGUAAUGUUUAUAAUAAUCACCCGUUCCCAAACCGGAUGUCAUUGUCGUGGACAUGUUUUUGCAUUUCUCUGUGCCACUCAGCGAUUAUGUGAUAACAAUCCGGUAAAUUGUCUAUUUCUUCGUCACCUUCCCCGUGUUCACGUUCAUUUCUUACCAUCAUUUUUAGUUUGCCAUUCUCUCUCAGCUUCUCUAGGCGCCUUUGUUGUUGUGUUUGAACCUUUACGCACCACUGUCUGUCUGCUUGACGGCACGUCGUCUAUCGCGUCCUCCGAACCCCUUCUUUGCUUCGAUCCUAUUGGAAUUCAACUUUCUCCAAAAACUACUAGGACAAUUUUUAUUCUGUUAGCCUUUUAAUUCAUAAAAGUUUUGCAUGAAAAUCUGCUACUCGCUAUCGAAAGUGUUACAUUCUUACAUUGUUUUGAGAUUUACCACUUCGUUUAUUCAUUGGAAAUGGACUAAAAUCGAAGCACGCAACUUCGUUUCCAUCCCCUCGCCGACUUGUAUUCGCGUCCGCUACUUUAGGCAGCGCUCUACUAACUACCCUAAUGUAAUGGAUAUAAAUUGUAGUGAUUUUAACUAUACUGAUGUUGUUUUUCUCAUUUAAUCCAGUCCGUACAGGCUGACUUCAUUCACGUCUCUUGUAUACGACAGUGUGUAUGGUUGCAUACACCGUGGUCUACCAAUCGCUUCACAUUAGCUGGCAGACAAAUCGUCGUUUCAUGUGUCCAACUCCUCGUGGGCGACAGUGGAAACCUUCAGACAUCCCAUACCGACCCAUUGUCACGGCUAUUUUUCAUUGGAAGUAAUCGCUCCUGCUCCCAGUCAAUUCCUUCACUACCCACAUCCUAUACAAAGGUGUAAUACAGCAUGGACUGUACAGAGUUCGUCGAAGGUUGGGAUAUUACCCAGGUGCUUGGCGAAGGAGCUUAUGGCGAGGUGAAGCUUCUUGUAAAUCGAAAAACCUCGGAGGCAGUUGCAGUAAAAGUCGUCGAUUUACGAGGGAAGAUAACCGCAUACCAAGAAAUUCGCAAGGAGAUCGCCAUUCACAGACUACUGAAUCACGAGCAUAUCUUGAAAUUUUUCGGAAGUCGAAAAGAUGAUAAAUUUCAUUACAUCUUCCUUGAGUAUGCGGCAGGUGGCGAAUUGUUCGAUCGUAUAGAGCCAGACGUUGGUAUGGAACAUGCGCUAGCACAGAAGUACUUUCAUCAGUUAAUCUCAGGAGUCGAGUACUUGCACAGUAGGGGAAUUGCCCACAGAGAUCUGAAGCCGGAGAAUCUACUUCUCGACGAGCAAGACAAUCUGAAAAUCUCGGACUUUGGCUUUGCGACGAUAUUUCGCCAUAUGGGCCAAGAACGAAUGUUAGACAAAAAGUGCGGCACGCUACCUUACAUCGCUCCGGAGGUUUUGGUAAAAAAGUAUAAUGCACAGCCAGCCGAUAUCUGGAGCUGUGGAGUUAUCUUGGUCACUCUGCUAGCCGGCGAACUACCUUGGGACAAACCAUCAACGCAGUGCAAUGAAUUUGCUGAAUGGAGAGAAAAUAAGGAUCACCGACCGUUGUGGAGAAAAAUUGACACGCUCGCUCUGUCACUGCUUCGUCGAAUUCUCAGUCCACGAAUAGAUAGAAGGUUUACGAUACCGCAGAUCAAACUUCACCAGUGGUUUCUGAAAAACUUUAAAUCGGGUUCAUCGCGUACGGUACAAAGCUUUGAGGAUGCUUCAAGCUCACGCAAAAGGAGCUGUAUCGAAAUCGGCCGCAACUCGAGUGAACAUGUUGUCGACCAGUUCUGCGUAUCACAGCCCGAAUUUGUGCGGCACACAAGUUCUGAAACAGACGCUGUUCCGCAAAAACCAUCACCCCACGUUUCAUGCCUUUCGCAGCCAGCCUGUCUUGACGAUAUUUUACUCAACUCUCAGCUCACUAGCGGCGCAACACAGGCCACACAGAACCCGAUUCAGAGGCUUGUCAAAAGGAUGACGCGUUUCUUUGUCAACACAAACGCCGAAGAUACAGCAACGAAGUUACGUGAAAUUCUUGGAAAGUUGGCGUACAAUUUUAAGCAGAAUGGCUACGAAUUCACCGUGACUCUGCAAGACAAAAGACGACAGCGGCUUGUAUUUAAAGCGAGUCUGCUCGAGAUGAAUGACUCGCUAUUAAUCGAUUUCCGACUCAGUCGGGGCUGUGGUAUCGAAUUUAAGAGAUAUUUCCUUGAUCUCAAACAGCGUCUCAAAGACAUAAUUGUACAGGGACCAGUAUCUUGGCCAUUAGCCAUUGCUGGGUUAAAUAAUAUUGUCUAGAUUUUAGCCAAACCAAGCAAACAAUUGACAAAUGGCAAACUGAUGAAAAUGUGUAAGUCUGACGAAGAAACUCAUUUCACUGCAUGUAAGUAUCGGGGUGCCAAAUCGUACCGUAAAAUACCCGCACAGCAUACGGACAACUAGGCACUUUUUCGUUAUUAUAUAUCAAUUGUUGUCAACCAAAACUAACUAGACCCAUUUGAAGCGAAAAAAAAAAAA